AUGAUGAGAACCGCCGCUGUCUUCGCUCCGUUGAAGACCGCUGUUAAGGUUGUGUCGUCCGCUGCCACCUUCCUCCGUCCUCGUCUCCAUCUGUUUUUGCUGUUGCUGCUGAUAGCGUUUAUUUCAUCCCCUCUCCUGUUAUCUUCUUCUUCUUCUUAUGUUCGCCGGUAUCACGAAAUGGCCGCUAGGAAGCUCCGCCGACCACAGCUGCUGUCACCGUGGCUCGCCGCCGCCGCGAGCGCCGCUGUUGUCCGCCUUUCUGUGUCGCUGCCGACGCUCGGAUCGGUCGCCAAGCCCGCUGCCACCUUCUCCUUCGUCUAG